UCGGUCCCAGAGAUGAAGGUACGUAGUUCGAAGGGAGCCAGCGCAAGAACCAUGUCGGGAAUCACGAUGCUCCUGCUGCUGGUGGCGAUGCUGGUGGCGGCUGGGACGGCGCAGUUCUACGGCUACGGCUACGGCUACCCCUCGUACUACGGCUACGGCCGCGGCUACUACCGCCCCUACUACGGAGGAGGCUACUACAGACCGUACUACAGGCGCUACUACGGCUACUACGGAUGAUGGAACUAGCGCAGGAAGUUCCUGGCUUCGACGCACCGUCAUUACCCAUCAGCUUACUCUUCUACGCUUUAUCGUACAUAUGUAUGGACUUGCCUUCGAAACUUAAUUGUGCGUUUCAUUGUGGUUAAUAAAGCAAAGUUUCAGCUGGUACAGCUCCAAAUA